UCCUGUCUUCCAAUGAUGUGACCGCUUCUUGCAUGCAAUAUACAUAUACAUAUAUUGUACUAACACACACAGUAUCCUCGAAUGUUUUGGAAACUCGAUUAACCUAAUAAAAACAGUACUUCUGCAAAUGUUCAAUUUUGAAUUCUAAUUUUCAAAAUACAUUUUCUGUGACGAUGUCAGGAUUGAAUUAUGGUGUGUGUUUAACAUUGCCAAAAAGUAUAACAAAACAAAUCAGCACUUGUGAAAAUAGUGAACAAUAUAUAGCAAAUUUUUUACAAAAUACAUUACCAUCCACUGAUACUAAUUCUGUAGCAGACGGAUUAAGAAAGUCUUUUAUUCUCACUAAACAUAAAAAUAAAUGGAACAAAAAUAAAAGAUGUAAAGGAAAGCUAUUAACAAGCAGAAAACGAAUGCAACUUGGACUACGUAAAAUUGGUUGUAAAAAUGAUAUGAAAUAUAAUGAUUUAUUACCACUGAAUCAAUUAUGGUUAAAUUAUAUGCAACAAAUGUUAGGUAGCAAGUUUUUCAUUAAUGUACCAGUAAGUCCAACUGAUCCAAAUUGGGAAAACAUUAAUCAGCAAUUAAUGAAAGCUGAUUUCCAUGGUUCCAAAAUAUCAGUUGUAGGCUCAAAAUGCCCCAGUUUAAUUGGGUUGAGUGGUAUAGUUAUUCAAGAUACUAAAAACACUUUUAGAAUUUGUGGCAAAGACAAUGUUAUUCGAACAAUACCAAAGGAUGUUGUUCGUUUGAAUAUUCAUAUAAAAAAUGUGAAGUUAGAAUUAUUCGGUAAAGAUCUUUCUGUAAAACCCAUAGAGAGAACAAUAAAAAAAUUGAAAGGUGGACGUGUAUAUGAACUGUAAUGUACAAAUUAAAUGUAUUCUAUAUUAAUGUAUAUUAUUUA